AAGGAAGUGGGGAGGAGAGAGGCAGGGGUGUGGUUAACAUAGGAAGGGGAGGAGGGAAGGACUCGAACCUGUCAGCCCUCUAGCACAGCCUCAGCCUCCGGAUCGGCGCGCGCCGUACCUGCCGGGGCCGGGACUCACCUGCACGCCGCCCCCGCCUCUCACCUGGCCCGGCCCAGGAGCGGUCGCCGGAGCCCGCGCUCCCUGGGACUGCGAUGUGCCGGCCCUAGCUGCGGUCUGAGAGGAUGUCUGGGGUGUCCGAGCCCCUGAGCCGAGUAAAGGUGGGCACGUUACGUCGGCCCGAAGGCCCCCCGGAGCCCAUGGUGGUGGUGCCGGUGGACGUGGAGAAGGAAGACGUGCGUAUCCUGAAGGUCUGCUUCUACAGCAACAGUUUCAACCCCGGGAAGAACUUCAAGCUGGUCAAAUGCACCGUCCAGACGGAGAUCCGGGAGAUCAUCACCUCCAUCCUGCUGAGUGGGCGAAUCGGGCCCAACAUCCAGCUGGCUCAGUGCUACGGGCUGAGGCUGAAGCACAUGAAGUCGGACGAGAUCCACUGGCUGCACCCGCAGAUGACGGUGGGUGAGGUGCAGGACAAGUAUGAGUGUCUGCACGUGGAAGCCGAGUGGAGGUAUGACCUCCAAAUCCGCUACUUGCCGGAAGACUUCAUGGAGACCCUGAAGGAGGACAGGACCACGCUGCUUUAUUUUUACCAACAGCUCCGGAACGACUACAUGCAACGCUAUGCCAGCAAGGUCAGCGAGGGGAUGGCCCUGCAGCUGGGCUGUCUGGAGCUCAGGCGCUUCUUCAAGGACAUGCCUCACAACGCACUGGACAAGAAGUCCAACUUCGAACUCUUGGAAAAGGAAGUGGGCCUGGACUUGUUUUUCCCAAAGCAGAUGCAAGAGAACUUAAAGCCCAAGCAGUUCCGGAAGAUGAUCCAGCAGACGUUCCAGCAGUAUGCCUCGCUCAGGGAGGAGGAGUGUGUCAUGAAGUUCUUCAACACCCUCGCAGGCUUCGCCAACAUUGACCAGGAGACCUAUCGCUGCGAACUCAUUCAAGGAUGGAACAUCACCGUGGACCUGGUCAUCGGCCCCAAAGGCAUCCGCCAGCUGACAAGUCAAGACGCAAAGCCCACUUGCCUGGCCGAGUUCAAGCAGAUCAAGUCCAUCCGGUGUCUCCCGCUGGAGGAGGGCCAGGCGGUCCUACAGCUGGGCAUUGAAGGCGCCCCCCAGGCCCUGUCCAUCAAAACCUCGUCCCUGGCAGAGGCUGAGAACAUGGCUGACCUCAUAGACGGGUACUGCCGGCUGCAGGGAGAGCACAAAGGCUCGCUCAUCGUCCACCCCAAGAAAGAUGGUGAGAAGCGGAACAGUCUGCCCCAGAUUCCCAUGCUGAACCUGGAGGCCCGGCGGUCCCACCUCUCAGAAAGCUGCAGCAUCGAGUCAGACAUCUACGCAGAGAUUCCGGACGAGACCCUGCGGAGGCCUGGAGGUCUCCAGUAUGGCGUCGCCCGGGACGAUGUGAUUCUGAAUCGCAUUCUUGGGGAAGGCUUUUUUGGGGAGGUCUAUGAAGGUGUCUACACGAAUCACAAAGGGGAGCAAAUCAAUGUGGCCGUCAAGACCUGCAAGAAAGACUGCACUCUGGACAACAAGGAGAAAUUCAUGAGCGAGGCAGUGAUCAUGAAGAACCUCGACCACCCCCACAUUGUGAAGCUGAUCGGCAUCAUCGAAGAGGAGCCCACCUGGAUCAUCAUGGAAUUGUACCCCUACGGGGAGCUGGGCCACUACCUGGAGCGCAACAAGCUCUCCCUGAAGGUGCUCACCCUCGUCCUGUACUCGCUGCAGAUAUGCAAAGCCAUGGCCUACCUGGAGAGCAUCAACUGCGUGCACAGGGACAUCGCUGUCCGAAAUAUCCUGGUGGCCUCCCCCGAGUGUGUGAAGCUGGGCGACUUUGGCCUUUCCCGGUACAUCGAGGAUGAGGACUAUUACAAAGCCUCUGUGACUCGUCUCCCCAUCAAGUGGAUGUCCCCGGAGUCCAUCAACUUCCGCCGCUUCACGACGGCCAGCGACGUCUGGAUGUUUGCUGUGUGCAUGUGGGAGAUUCUGAGCUUUGGGAAGCAGCCCUUCUUCUGGCUGGAGAACAAGGACGUCAUUGGGGUCCUCGAGAAGGGGGACCGGCUGCCCAAGCCUGACCUCUGUCCGCCGAUCCUUUACACCCUCAUGACCCGCUGCUGGGACUAUGACCCUAGCGAACGGCCCCGCUUCACAGAGCUCGCGUGCAGCCUCAGUGACAUCUAUCAGAUGGAAAAGGACAUUGCUAUGGAGCAAGAGAGGAACGUUCGCUACCGAACCCCCAAAAUCUUGGAGCCCACAGCCUUCCAGGAACCUCCACCCAAGCCCAGCCGACCCAAGUACAGACCCCCUCCACAAACCAACCUGCUGGCCCCCAAGCUGCAAUUCCAGGUCCCCGAGGGCCUGUGUGCCAGCUCUCCCACGCUCACCAGCCCUAUGGAGUAUCCGUCUCCCGUUAACUCGCUGCACACCCCACCUCUCCAUCGGCACAAUGUCUUCAAGCGACACAGCAUGCGGGAGGAGGACUUUGUCCGACCCAGUAGCCGCGAAGAGGCCCAGCAGCUGUGGGAGGCCGAAAAGGUCAAGAUGCGACAGAUCCUGGACAAGCAGCAGAAGCAGAUGGUGGAAGAUUACCAGUGGCUGCGGCAGGAGGAGAAAUCCCUGGACCCCAUGGUUUACAUGAAUGACAAGUCCCCGCUGACCCCAGAGAAGGAGGCUGGCUACCUGGAGUUCACGGGGCCCCCGCAGAAGCCGCCGCGGCUGGGCGCUCAGUCCAUCCAGCCCACGGCCAACCUGGACCGGACCGACGACCUGGUGUACCUCAACGUCAUGGACCUGGUGCGGGCCGUGCUGGAACUCAAGAACGAGCUCUGCCAGCUGCCCCCCGAGGGCUACGUGCUGCUGGUGAAGAACGUGGGGCUGACCCUGCGGAAGCUCAUCGGGAGCGUGGACGACCUCCUGCCCUCCUUGCCGUCGUCGUCACGGACAGAGAUCGAGGGGACCCAGAAACUGCUCAACAAGGACCUGGCAGAGCUCAUCAACAAGAUGCGGCUGGCCCAGCAGAACGCCGUGACCUCCCUGAGCGAGGAGUGCAAGCGUCAGAUGCUCACGGCCUCACACACCCUGGCCGUGGACGCCAAGAACCUGCUCGAUGCCGUGGACCAGGCCAAGGUCCUGGCCAACCUGGCCCACCCGCCUGCAGAGUGACGGAGGGGGGGACCGUCUGCCCGCGUCUUCCACCCCCACCUGUCGCGCACCUCCCCGCCCUGCCUUUGGUCACGUGGGUCUUCUCGGGGAAGACCGCCGGGGAGUCCCUCCCACGCCAGUCUGCACGACCCCCUCCACCCCCCCAGGCUGUGCUGCUCAGGCUGCAGCUGGACAGAGGGGACUCUGGGCUAUGGACAUGGGGCGGGGAGGGCACAGAUGGCUCCGAGGGGGCACGGCCGCCACCCGGCCACUCCCUCUCCACCCCAGCCUGGCCCGUGCUGGGGGGGGGGCCCACAGAAGGUCACGUGGUGCCCCUGGCGGCCGGCAUGGCUUUAAGCAUGGACACGGCAGGCCGAUCGGGGAGCAGACCUAACCCUUCCCCUUCCUCUUCAGUCCUCGGAGGUCCCCGGUGUACAGAGAAGCUGGGAAGGGGCUUUAUUCGGGGGUCGGGCGGCUGAUGAGAUGAGGCAUGGGCCUGGCGUCCUUGUACAGUGUAUAUUGGAAUUUAUUUAAUGCGAGUGUGGUCUGGACUGACAGCAUAUGCCCUCCAACGGGGGGACCUGGGACCUCGUCCAGGAACAAGCUGAUUGGGAGUCCGGGCACAGGACGCAGUGUUCUCAACACACCCACAUUGCGGGGAAGAGGCGGGGAGACGCGGCCAAGUCAGGGCCUUGGAGCCGAUCCGCCCUCCUCCUGCCCUCUCUUUCUCCCUUUCUUUCCCCUUCCUUCUCCCCGCCCCCCUUUUCUUAUUCCUCCCCCCUUUUUCCUCUCCCUUUUCUAUCCGGCGCCUUUCCCCUCCCGCGUGUUUAUGCAGCCCCCCCUUUCACCUUCUUUCUAUCUGACUCGUGGUUGAAUUAAAAUCGUCCCAUUUGCUUUGUGGUC